GGAUCACCAAAAGUAUUCCGUAUAUAAUGGACACGCAGUACGCUGUAACAGCAUACUUAUCUAAACAAAAUGUCCACUGAUCUUAUCAAUCGCAGUGAGGCGGGGUCCAAGUAUUCUUGUGCUACCCCCACUACCAUGCGCAGACUCCCGAGGUUGGGCGAGUCAUCACCCGCUGGGAUGCGUGCGAACCAGUCGGCGUAUGUUGAGGAAACUAACGAAAUUCGCUCACGAAGGUCGUACGAUGGCAACUUGAAUCCACAACUAGCUCAAGCAAUGGAAAUCGCAGACGAAGAAGAAAGGGAUCUUUGUAAUUGGCACUAGUUUGACGAAAAUUUGCUUUUAGUCAAUGAUAGGCAGCAUUGCUUUCCACACAGACUCGACGACCGAACCUUCUCGAUGGGACUGUAUCAAAGACUCGGCGAAGAAAUUGGGAAAGGACCAAACUGAGUUUAUUUGGAAUGAAGUGCUCUUUCUUCAGUGGGGAGCAUUCUAAACUCUAUGACUGUGCUCGUAAUAGAGCGAAAAUGGAAAUAUAUACUAUACUAGCUCGUAGGUGAGCUUUUCAAAUAAAGCCUGAGGCACUAAAGUUGCUUAGCAUGAGUCCUCGUA